AUGACACGCUCCGAAGAACCUCUCCUGGCGCGCCCAACGUCCCCCAACUCCUCGGUCGACAACAUCGAUGAAGAAGAUGCCCUUCUCACAGGCCAGUCCAUACACCACCCGCCUUCCAAGUUCGCCCGCUGGCGCGAAAUAGGCGUCUUCGUCUGGGCCCUCCUUGCCACCGUUGCCGUGGUUAUCCUCGCGGUGGUCUACCAACAUGAAACGUCAAUUCAACAGCGCCGCACCGGUGGUUGGGGCCCGGAUGGUAAUCCCACGGGCAAAAGAAACAUGAUAUUCAUGGUGUCAGACGGCAUGGGCCCUACGUCGCUAGCCAUGACUCGAAACUUUCGCCAACAUACAUCGGGUUUGCCCAUCGACGACAUUCUCGUGCUGGACAGACAUUUAAUAGGCUCCUCCCGCACUCGCAGCACCAGCAGCCUUAUCACCGACUCGGCGGCGGGUGCUACAGCCUUCUCAUGUGGCUUCAAGUCAUACAACGGCGCCAUCUCUGUCCUGCCAGACCACACGCCCUGCGGCUCGGUCCUCGAAGCGGCCAAAAAGGCAGGCUACAUGACAGGGCUGGUAGUCACAACACGUAUCACAGAUGCCACUCCUGCCUGUUUCGCCGCGCACGCCAACAGGCGCGAAUAUGAAGAUCUGAUUGCCGAACAAAUGAUCGGACACUAUCCUCUCGGUCGCGUCGUCGACAUCAUGAUCGGCGGAGGACGAUGCCACUUUCUGCCCAACACCACCGAAGGCUCAUGCCGAGCCGACUCCACGGACGUUGUUGCUCUAGCCCAGGAGAAGUACGGUUUCCACUACGUGGACAACAAAGCGGACUUCGACAAUCUCGAGGCUGAAGGCGGAGUCAAACUCCCUCUCCUCGCGCUUCUCGCGUCGACUGAUAUUCCUUACGAGAUUGACCGCGUACACGUCUCCGACAUAUACCCAAGUGAGUCCGAGAUGGCCGAGGUAGCGCUCAAAGCGCUCUCCGCCGCCACAAAGGACAGCGACAAGGGCUUCUUCCUAAUGAUCGAAGGCUCCCGUAUCGACCACGCAGGCCACGGCAACGACCCAGCAGCUCAGGUGCACGAGGUCAUGGCCCACGAUAAGGCGUUUGCCGCCGUCCUCAAAUUCCUCGAAAAGGACACCACCGAAGGUAUACUGGUCUCGACAUCCGACCACGAGACGGGCGGCCUCGCCGCUGCAAGGCAGCUGCACCAAACGUACCCCAUGUACAGAUGGUACCCCGGAGUGCUCGCCAACGCGAGCCACUCAGCUGAGUGGAUGUCCAGCGCAUGGGGGGAAUACCUGCACAGCUCGCCCGACCGGUCGCGAGAAGACAAGUCUGCGAAACUGUCGGAGCUUUUGAAAUCGGGUCUGGGCAUCGUCGAUUACACGCAGGACGAGAUCGACGCCAUCAUCGACGCCAAACCCAUCUGGCCUCCGUCGUACCUUUUCGCAGACAUGAUCUCCCGUCGCGCGCAGAUAGGUUGGUCGACGCACGGCCACAGCGCUGUCGAUGUCAACAUCUACGCUUCCAGCCCCGACCACGCCCCAGGGUUGGUAGGCAAUCACGAAAACAGCGAAGUCGGCGAGUUCAUAGCCGAGUAUCUCGACCUUGACCUCGGCGCGGUCACGGAGGAAUUGAAGGCCAAGGGCGUCAAGACUUCUUCUUCGACUUCUACUUCGUCAUCCGGUUCAUCCACUAACCAGGACCAGGACUGGGGUGAGUGGAUGGGUCCGCCGGGUCUCCCCGUUAACGAGAACGGACCGCUCGUUCACCUCGAUGAGUAUCACGGUGAUUUCAAGCAUAGAAAGCGCGAAGCCGAAUCUAGUUUGGAUUGCGGCUGUGGUUUGAAGCAUUGA